AUGGCGGGAAAAGAUUGGUACUAUCACUUUUUAAAAAGGAACAAGGUAAUAUCACUACGAAAACCAGAACCCACAAGCAUCAACCGAAUAUCUGCAUUCAACGAGACGCAGGUUAAUCAAUUCUUCCAAAACUUAAAAAAGCUCUACGAAAAAUAUCACUUUAGUAAUGAAAAGAUUUUCAACGUUGAUGAAACUGGCAUUUCGACGAUGCAAAAACCGUCUAAACGCGUUGGUCCCAAAGGAAUCAAGCAGUUUGGAGCAAAAACUUCUGCUGAAAGGGGAAAAACCGUUACGGUAAUUUGUUGCUUUAAUGCUGCUGGUACAUGCUAUGUGCCCCCGAUGUUUAUUUUUCCCCGCACUCGCACCACUACCUUGGAAAAAAACGGACCACCUAAUGCAAAAUACAGUUGCUCAAAAUCUGGUUGGAGUAAUGAACAAUUGUUUUACGAAUGGCUCCAGCAUUUUAUAGACAUUGUCAAACCUUCCAAAGAUCAUCCUGUGCUAAUUAUUCUAGACAAUCACUCCAGCCAUAUUUCCAUAGCAAUUUAUGAAUGUUGUAAGCAGAAUGGGAUAGUACUACUCACUAUUCCGCCACAUACAUCCCAUCGCUUACAACCUUUGGAUCUAACAUUUUAUGGCCCACUUAAAGCAGCAUUUUACCGGCAGUGUGACAACUAUCUUUUACAUUUUGAAAGAAUCACACCAUAUGAUUUGGCGGAACUCUUUCAUAAAGCUUACAGUCAAGUUGCCACUAUGGACAAAGCCCAGUCAGGAUUUAAAACACCAGGAAUAUGGCCUUUCGACUCCGAAAAAUUCACAAAGGAAGACUUUCUGGCAUCUAAUCACCAUACGCCGACAGUAACAAUAGACGAAGAGCCUCAAAACGAUCCUGACAUGCGGACUACAACUCCUGAGCCAAGUAUUUCCGAAGUUUUCCAGGAAGGUGAACCUAGUACAAGCACUGCAGUUGUGAAUGAAAUUGCUAUUAAAAGUGGUUCUGGUUUGCCCCAGCCUGAAGUUUCAUUUGAAGAUUUGAAUCCAAUUCCCACUCCAUCUACAAGUAAAAUACAACGUCGGAAGAAGCAAAAGUCUGAAAUUUUAACGGAAACGCCCAAUAAACAAGUUUUGAUAGUCUGUGAGGAAAAAAGAAACAAGAGAUCGGUAGCUUUUCAAGAAAAAUUAAAACGGAAGUCAAAAAAAGGUAAAUCUAGUUUGAAACAUCCCGCGAAAAAUAAACAGAAUUUUAAAAGAAACCUUUUCCAAGAAAGUGAGCCUGAUGAAUCGAUUUCAGAGAGCGAGUUAUGUGAUGAUGAUGAACUGGAUGAUAUGGAUGGCGAUUCUGAAGACCGAUGUUUGAUUUGUGAUGAUUCAAGCAAAAAAGAUGAAUAUUGGUUUCGUUGCAUAUUGUGUUCCAGAUGGGCGCAUGAGCUUUGUAGUGGUGUCGAUUCCGCAGAAGGUUACGUUUGUGACUUUUGCGACCGUUAG